CGACCGAUGAUCAUUUUGCAUGAAAUGAUACAGCAAAAUAAAUCAAUGUAGAUGAAGAUAAAUCAAACCUUUGCAAAUGAUUCACAUAGAUCAGCAUUGAUGGUGAUCUCCCUGUCAUUGGUUAUAUUCACGGGCAACUCUAUACGCUCAUAUAUGUUUGGAUAUACAUAGACUUAAUGCCAAUUUGAAUAUAAAUGUAUUCAUAAAAUUACGCAGACCACUUGUGGCUCGUCCACUGUAGCACCGGUUUAUUUUUUUCUCGCAGUGCUUCUCAGUACAACUUUUGUUGCGGAAUGGUGAACAUUGAUUGUUAGACAUCCGCAUAAACAACGAAUUUCUUUCUCUUCAUUCAGUGCACAAUUCAAACAUUGUAAAAACUAAGACUGGCUAUGGAACUAUUGCUUAAUGUUAUAUAGAUGUCGAUCGAACGUUUGUUUACAAAAUCAGAGUUGUGAUGAAAUCAAGAUAAAAAUUUGAAAAAAAUUUAAACUAUAAGCAAAAUACAUGUUUUCCACUCAAAGAUACAAGAAAAAACAGUUAAAAAUACGGGUUCAAAGUAAAAAAAAAUUGCCGAAUUAAUCCGUUGCAAGACGAAACAAGUGACGCAAUAUCUUUGUCUUAAUCUCGUUCCGUUGUACUGCUGAAUAUACCAGUGUGAAUGUAUUGUGGUUUUGUGUGAAUGUAUUGAAUACCUUUUAAAACUGAGCUAGGAAGUGAGUAUAACGUAUGCAAACAUGGGAGAAUACAAUAACAAUUCAAUUUUGGAAAUGUUGGAGAUAUUCCGUUGGAGUCUUUAUAAUGCGAAAAAAGAGGAUGCAAAAGAAAAACAGCAAACGUUAUUGGAGGAGGCAUGUCAAAAACCGAUUUACGAGCCAUUCGUCGAAGAGUAUUUGAUUGCUGGCUGUGAUAUGACCGUGUUGAACGAUGACAUAAAGGUCAAAGUGAUGGGAUUUGUGGGAGACGUUGAUUUGCCGUCGAUUCGCAAAAGAGAUGAAAAAUAUUGGGAUUUAAAUCGUUUGCACAUAUGUUUGGCAUAUGGAAAUGAAGAACUAUUUAUAAAAGGUUUGGAUUUAAUUGCCGAAAAAAAUCCAGUCAAACUGGCGCAGAUAUUAACAAAAAGUGACGACUUGUUUUGUGCAUCUGCUUUGAAUAAUUUCUCAUUGGCAAUUGAUAAACUGGUUGAAUGUGAUGCGGAUGUUAAUGAAGUGGCACUUUUAUGUGCUUGUAGGUGUGCUGCUCACAAAUCAUUGGAAACGCUGUUGAAAUACUACAAUCCAGGUGAAAAUAUAACACCACUGCUAAAAGAGCUAUCAAAUGCAUGGGAAAAUCAAAAAGACGCAAAUGCUGAAGAUUUUGACAAGUGCUACGAAUUAUUGCUGAAAAAAAGUAGCACCGAUGUCAAUUAUGUGGAUAAAACACGGCGUUCUGUCAUGUACUACGUUCGCAAUCAGUCGGAUAAAGUGACUGAAUGUUUAAAAUUGGGCGCCUAUAUUGGAAAUCAAAAUGUUGAUCUACGACCGGACGUUGCAUUUAUAACUCCGAAAACACUUCAAAAACAUUUCGAUAAUUGCAUUCAAAUAAUAUCGCGAGACGAUACAGUCGUUGACAAACGGAUGGAAUACAUUGAAUUUGACUUCAAAAAUUUGAUUCCAUCGGAAAAUCGUAAAGACACUGCAUCAAACGAAAUGGGUGCCAUUGAAUUUAUGUCAAACUCAGAUGAUCAUCGCCAUUUGCUGUCUCAUCCGUUGAUUUGGAGUUUUAUAUCGUUGAAAUGGGACCAAUUGGCACUGGUCUAUUAUAUGGACUUUUAUUUGUAUUUACUAUUUGCCCUUUUGAAUAUGGGAUGCAUUCUAAUGUCCUUCGAAAAAUCGUCGAAUUAUAUCAAAGUGCCAUUCACCAUUAUAACGGCCAUUUUAACCAUCUAUGUUAUUUUGCGUUGCGUUUUGCAUUUAACGUUUUGUUCAUCGAAGCACCUACGCAGUUGGACCAAUUUUUUGCAAUGCCUUCAUUCGUCGUUGAUCAUCAUUUUCGUGCUGUUGGUUCUUGUUGGCGUUUUUUCCGAAAUAAAUCGUACCGUUGCGGCAAUCAGUGUUUUACUCAUAGCUUUGAAGCUGUUCAUUCUAGCCGGUUCAAUGUUUUGGACAUUUUCCAAAUUUUAUAUCAUGUUCUUGAAUGUUGCAUGGAGCUCGAUUAAGAGUUUACAAUUGUGUAUCAUUUUCAUACCAUCAUUUUUGAUGUCAUACUAUUUGUUGAUACGAGAUCCUCCGCUAUCGGAGAAGGAACAACAUGCUAAGUCACUGGACGAAUUUAAAACGGAAUUUUUUGAUUAUCUCUAUGAAGUGGUGCAUCCGGGCUCGAAUAAAGUUGAUCCGACCACACUGGACGAAUUCAAAAAUAAAUUCUUCGUUUUGCUACCGAAGCUACUGGAAGAAAAUGGCCAAGGUGAAAACGAGGAAAAAACGCAAAAUGAUUUUGUUCAAACCAUUUCAUCGGUUGUAAAAACCAUUAUGACGUGGCAUAAAAAAUGGAGUGAAGAAAUUACCAGUUUUGACCUGAAUGCUCUUGGGUUAAUCGUCGUGCUUAUUACGCUUUUGUCGAUCAUAUUCAUGAACCUUAUGAAUGGUCUGGCCGUGAAUGAUGCAAAGAGGAUCCAAUCCGAAGCUGAAUUAACAAGCUUAGUGCAGAGAUGCCGACUAUUGGCUCGGUACGAAGAAGCGCUAUCUGAUCGCCGGCAUUGGUUUCGCCAAAAAUGGCAGGGUACCUUCAUCAUGGAGCUGUUUGAAUACUUCACCCAAUUUGAAUCGCUUGAAUACAUGCGAACUAUUUAUGAUCGCAAAAUUUAUGUCGGCCUUAAAAAUGAGAUCAUUCACUUUAUAGACGCUGAAAAGAUGAACCAGACUUCUGACAACAACCAAAAAUUGACUGAAUAUAAAACAAUGAACGCGGAUGAAGGGAAAUUGGCAAUGGAAAUGCUGUACAACGCAAAGAACAAAUCCAAAUUGCGAAUGUUUUCCAAAGCAAAUGAAAUCGAGAUCGAACUGGAAGAGUCACAUUCCUACGGAACAAAUCGUCUAUGGAAAACGGUGAUUAGCAGUUUCCCCUUUUUCGAUGAGCGUGAGAAGAUGAACCCACAAAUUGUACAACUUGCGCGCCAAAUCAUCGAAACCCGAGAAGUUGAUAAGAAAGGCAAAGAAGAGCAGAGUCAUUAUAAAGAACAAAUCGCAAAACUGCAAACCAAUAUGGAGGUAUUGUUGCAGAAAAUUGAUAAAUUGGACACAUUUGACAAUGUGAAUAGCCAAAUUUUGCAGAAAUUAACCGACAUUGAAAGUAAAAUUAGAGUUAGUGUCGAUUGAUGGCUUUUAGAUUGAUGUGUGGGAAAUUGUAUGAUAAACUUCAGGAGAAAAUUCAAAUAAACCGAUUAUAAUCGUUCAAAAAA